GCGAAAGCCAGCCACCACCACACACAGCGGUCUUGCUUCCCAAAAGCUGCCGCUCCACGUCCUGCUAAUACUCAUACAUGUCGAUAUCAAACUUUGUCUCCUUUUCUCAUCUCUGCUGCCUCCACACACACGCUGGACUCUUGGUGCUGACGUUAUAGCGCGAUAUAUUGAUUGAAGGAACAGAAAUCGAUAAAUAUUACCAAUGCUAAAAACAAACAACUGCGCGUCCAUAGCCCCGCAAGCAUGGGGAAGGAGAAGUCGAUAUUAAUAAUUCGCCAACCCUGAAGCGUAUGUCUUGGGCCCCAAACAACCUGGACAUAAUGCGACACUUUACUGGCUUGUCCACGAUCUCCAAGAUGAUAAUUUCGGCAAUCCCAUGUCCAGAUGCGCCUUCGCCAUGUUGCCACUCGACUGCAAGAGCAAGAGGAGGGUUCGGUAACGAGUUUCCGAAUGGUUAGAGUACAGUACAUGUAUACUAAGACCAGCAGCGACGGGUUCGG